AUGUCCUUUCAGAUAUUAUCUGAUCUACAUCUAGAGAAUCCGUCUGCCUACGAUGUAUACACAAUUUCCCCCAAAGCAUCAUAUCUCGCUCUUCUGGGCGACAUAGGCGUUGUCAAGGAUGCCGGGUUUUUCCCAUUCAUGGAAGCUCAACUGAGUCGGUUCCAGGUCGUCUUCUUUCUAUUAGGCAACCACGAGCCCUACUACUCUACUUGGGCAGAAACGAAGCAAACAAUUCAUCAAUUCUCAGCUUCGGUUGACGAGCGGCGUUUACAUUCAAAACACCAUGGACUGGAAACAUUAGGCUCUUUUAUUUUCUUAGACCAAACUCGGUACGAUCUCUCAUCAGAUCUGACCGUGUUGGGGUCUACACUCUUCUCGGAUGUCAGUGAGGCCCAUAAAGAGCGUGUCAGCUUCGGUCUCAAUGACUUCUAUCGCAUCCACGACUGGACAGUUGAAGAUCACAUGGCUUCCCACAAAGCAGAUUUGCAGUGGUUGAAUGAUCAGGUUUCUGAGAUAGCAACCUCCGAACCGCAUCGCAAGAUAGUGGUCUUGAGCCACCAUAGCCCGGUUACUCAGGAUGCCAGAGCGGUUGAUCCAAAACAUAUAAGCAGUCCGCUCUCAUCGGGCUUUGCCACCGAUCUCUCGGCGCAAGAGUGUUGGAAGAGCCCGUUGGUGCGGCUGUGGGCGUUCGGUCAUACUCACUUCAAUGCCAAUUACCUUGAAGAUACAGGGAAGCUGGUCGUUAGUAACCAGCGGGGGUAUUACUUCUCUCAGGCACAAGAUUUUAAUGAGGAGCUAGUGGUGACGAUUUGA